ACCCUGCAACCAGACAUUGUCCUUGUGUCCGAGUCCACCAAGCAAGCAGUGCUGCUGGAGCCGACAGUCCCGUGGGAAGACCGCUUGGAAGAAGCCUUUGAGAGGAAGCUCUCCAAGGACGCAGGACUGGUCAGGGGCUGGAGAGCAAGCUGUCUCCCUGUGGAGGUUGGAUGCAGAGGACGUGCAGCCCGUUCCUUGGCCAGAGCCUUCAGUAGUUUAGGCAUCGAGGGUGAGAGAAAGAGGAGAGCCAUCCGCAGGACCACCAAUGCGGCAGAGAGAGCCUCAAGAUGGCUGUGGCUCCAAAGAGGGGAGCCAUGGAGUCAUGGUGGCCAUCUGGACACUAGCUGGGCUCUGAUCAGCCGGGUCACCUGGAGGAGGAGAACGAUGAAAGACCCGAAACGACCAGAGAUCCCAGGAACAUCACUGGAGAGGUGUCCAGAUGAGGCAUCAGUAGCUGUAUGUACACACAUGUUUCAGUGACUUCGUCUUCUCUGUGUUUCAGAGUGUUUAAGAAGGCCAGUCCCAAUGGAAAGCUCACCGUCUAUCUGGGGAAGAGGGACUUCGUGGACCACGUGGACCUGGUGGAGCCUGUUGACGGCGUGGUCCUGAUCGACCCGGAGUACCUGAAGGAGAGGAAAGUGUUCGUGACCUUGACCUGUGCGUUCCGGUACGGCCGCGAGGACCUGGACGUCCUCGGGUUGACGUUCCGGAAAGACCUGUUUGUGGCCAACAUCCAGGCCUUCCCCCCGCCGGCCCAGGAGAAGAAGAGUCUGACUCGUCUUCAGGAACGGCUGAUUAAGAAACUGGGAGAACACGCCCACCCCUUCACCUUCGAGAUUCCUGUGAACCUGCCGUGCUCCGUCACCCUGCAGCCGGGGCCCGAGGACACGGGGAAGGCCUGCGGAGUCGACUUCGAGGCCAAAGCGUUCUGUGCAGAACACGUUGAAGAAAAGAUCCACAAAAGGAACUCGGUGCGCCUGGUGAUCCGUAAGGUCCAGUUCGCUCCAGAGGCUCCGGGCCCUCAGCCCACCGCCGACACCACGCGCCACUUCCUGCUGUCGGACAAGCCGCUGCACCUGGAGGCCUCGCUGGACCGGGAGAUUUAUUACCACGGGGAGCCAAUCAGUGUCAACGUCCACAUCACCAACAACACCAACAAGACGGUGAAGAAGAUGAAGAUCUCCGUGCGGCAGCAUGCAGACAUCUGCCUGUUCAACACGGCGCAGUACAAAUGCCCGGUGGCCACCGAGGAGUCUGAUGACGUCGUGGCGCCCAGCUCCACGCUCUGCCGGGUCUUCACUCUCACGCCGUUUCUGGCCAACAACCGAGAGAAGCGCGGCCUGGCUGUGGACGGGAAGCUGAAGCACGAGGACACCAACCUGGCCUCCAGCACCCUGUUGAAAGAAGGAGCCAACAAGGAGAUCCUCGGCAUCAUCGUGUCCUACAAGGUCAAAGUGAAGCUGCUGGUGUCUCGAGGAGGCCUCCUGGGAGAUCUGGCGGCGAGUGACGUCUCGGUGGAGCUGCCGUUCACGUUAAUGCACCCCAAGCCCUUAGAAGAACCUUUCUACCGGGACGCUCAGGAUGAAGCUCCGAUCGACACCAACCUGAUCCAGUUCGACACCAACGACGAUGACAUAAUCUUUGAAGACUUCGCCCGCCAGCGGCUGAUUGGCGGAGCGAAGGACGACAAGGACGAAGACGAGGAGCCGAUGGACUCGCCCAAACUGGACGACCGCUAAAGGCUGAAGACGAGGCGCCGCCGUGUUCCUCGUCGUGUCCGUCCUCCCUGCGUCCUGCCGGAGGUGUAAAAAGCUCGA